AUGUGGCGUGCCAACGCUCAAAUGCUUGAUCUGGCUAUCGGUGGUCACGAAUGGCCAACCCACGAUCAGGUUAUUGAGCGCCUUUCGAUGGUUAGCGACGAACUCAAUCAAUGUCGUGAUGUACUCACGAAUAAAAAGUCAGAUUGGGUUGGUUAUUAUGAUGAAAAGAAACAGAAAAUGAACAAUUAUGACAAACCUUCAAUGCCAUUACAAGAUGCACAACACUAA